UGUUCUCUACUCUUCAUAUUCGCAACCUUUUAAGACAUUGCUACAGUUCCUUGAAAUGGUUAAAACUUUAGUUAUUAUUCACUUGAACGAAUUUAGAAUAGUUGGACAAGUACCAACAAUUUUGUCUGAAAUUUUUAACUGAAUCUGGUGUACACGAACAAAGUGAGACUUUCUGGCUUGUGCCUAGUUUUUGUUUCCAUUUUUAGCUGAAAGUUAAGGUAAGGACGUGAUAUUAUCGGCGUAGAGACAUCUGCAAUGGAAUGUCAUUCGCCUCAAAUGACUUCUGUACUCGAAGAGAAUAUGGCUCCCUCGUAUGAGUUGAAGGAAAAUGGUGUCGGACCAUUGGUGACGGGACCUACUGAAGUUGCGUAUAAAGGGUCACUAGAGGUGGAUACUGUGUCUGGGGAUAUUGUGGCUCUCCUGAUCUCUCUUCCUCCAAUAGUGGAUUGGAUUAUGCCUAAAGUUAACGAGAUUCAGCAAUUCAUGAGAAUUUCACAUGGAGGAUGUGAAGACCAAUUUAAAGAAUUAAUUACUGCGAUCGAGGCAAGCCACGUGCUUGAAACCAAAUCAAGUUUCAAGAAAAGCAGGGAGUUACAUCGUCUUUUUUUGGGAAUCAACUACGACGCUAAAGGUGGUAGCUCAUCUAGAGGGAAGUCUAAAGGGAGGGCAUUGUGAAGACGGGAAAACAAGGGGUUGGAGUGGGGUUUUUGGGUAAAGUUUUAGUUCUAUGGGAAGCAAGGGGUUGGGGUCAAGCUUCGUGUAUUUUGGGUUGCUUUUCAUGGGCUU